AUGUCGUUCAGCAGCAGCUCUGCAGCAGGCGGCCCCCCCUGGAGGAACAACAGCUUCAUCCUGGGGGGGGGCAGAGACCCUCCUCUGUCCGACCAGGGAGAGACCAUCAUCGGAGUCUACCUGCUGCUGCUGGGUUGGUUGUCUUGGUUUGGAAACAGCAUCGUCCUCUUCGUCCUGUACAGACAGAGAUCCACGCUGCAGCCUAGCGACUACCUCACCUUUAAUCUGGCCAUCUCUGACGCCAGUAUCUCAGUGUUCGGAUACUCCAGAGGCAUCAUCGAAAUCUUCAACGUGUUCCAGGACAGCGACUACCUGAUCUCCACUGUCUGGACCUGCCAGGUAGACGGUUUCUUCACGCUGGUGUUCGGUCUGAGCAGUAUCAACACACUGACAGUGAUCAGCAUCACCCGCUACAUCAAAGGAUGUCACCCCAGCAGAGCCCGUCACAUCAACAGGACCAGCGUGUCCGUGUGUCUGCUGCUGAUCUGGGUCACAGCUGGAUUCUGGUCUGGAGCUCCACUGCUCGGCUGGGGGAGCUACACAGACCGUGGGUACGGAACCUGUGAAGUCGACUGGGCCAAGGCGAGCUACUCGAGCGUCUACAGGUCCUACAUCGUGUCCCUGCUGGUCUCCUGCUUCCUCGUCCCGGUGCUCAUCAUGCUCUUCUGCUACGUGUCCAUCAUCAACACGGUGAAGAGAGGCAACGCUCUGUCAGCGGAGGGAGACCUGACCGACCGCCAGAGGAAGAUCGAGAGAGACGUCACCAUAGUUUCCAUAGUGAUCUGUACAGCCUUCAUCCUGGCCUGGUCUCCUUACGCCGUGGUGUCCAUGUGGUCUGCGUGGGGCUUCCACGUGCCGAACCUCACCAGCAUCUUCACCCGCCUCUUCGCCAAGUCGGCGAGUUUCUACAACCCCCUCAUCUACUUUGGACUCAGCUCCAAGUUCCGUAAAGAUGUCGCCAUCCUGCUGCCCUGCGCUCGCGACGCCAAAGACACGGUAAAGCUGAAGCGCUUCAAGCCGAAGGCCGACGCCCACGGCCGCCCUGCCAUAGGAGGAGGAGCCAGACUCAAAGUCCCUCUGAACCAGAACGAGAAGAAGUACUCACCCAAACCGGUCCCAAGCCCAGACUCUGGGAUGGGAAGUCCGCCCUGCACACCGCCACCCAUCAACAAGGAGGUGUUUUAUAUUGACAUGCCCCGCCCCUCCGAGACCGGCUCUGAGUUUGAAUGUGACAGACUCUGA